AUGGCGGGGAAAAAAGUAAAUUUGGACAAAUCCUGUGCUUUCUUUUCCACUAACACGAUUCCUUCAGUCAAAGAAGAAAUUCUGUCGGCGUUAUGGGUGGGUGAAGCAAAAGGAGAUGAGCGCUAUCUCGGGAAUCCUUUGUUCGUUUCAAGAAAUAAAGUCAAGGAUUUCAGCUUUUUGAAGGAAAAACUAUGGAAGAGGCUGGAGGGUUGGAAUGCGAAAUUUCUCCCUCGUGCGGGUCGCACCACUCUUGUUAAUGCGGUCGCCCUCAACAUCCCGUCUUAUUCCAUGUCCGCAUUCCGCAUUCGUCUGUCGCUUUGUCAAGAGUGGAUGCCACGGUCACGAGAUUUUGGUGGAACGUGGAAAGGGGUCACUUCAUGGCUCUCAAGGCGUGGUAUGAGUUAUGUUGGGGCAAAUGAGCAAUCUCCCUGGGUGUCCCUGUUAAGGGAGAAAUAUUGUAGGAGUGAGGAUUUCUGGUCUCGUCCGGUUAAGCAUGGAGAUUCCUAUGUUUGGCAAGGCAUUUUGAAAGCUAGGGAUGUUAUUCAGUCGGGGGCGUGUGUAGCCAUUGGAGAUGGCAUGAGUCAGCAUAUUUGGUUCUCUAGCAGACGGACUCUCAAAGUGGACAACAUCCAAAGUGCUGAUAUCAGAGAUUUUAUUUCUUGGCUUCUUUCCAAAUCUAAGGAACCAGGAUUUGAAGACUUUCUGUUGUUCGUGGGCUGCACUUUGGACUGCAUUUGGCGUUGGCGAAAUGAACUGGUCUUCUCUGGCGGUCGUUGUGACGUCUCAACCAUGAUCUCCCAAAUCACAAGGUGUUUGCAGAGUCGUCCCAAUUGGCCUCCACCUCCUAUUGGGACCAUUGCUAUUUCCGUUGAUGCCUCGGUUGUGGAGUGCAAGGUCGGACUGUCAGCUCUGGCUAGGGACCAUCAAGGUGAGGUUAUUGACAUCCUGGUUGGCCAAAGCCAUGUUGACUUGGUGCUCGAAGGAGAGCUUAAGGGAAUUUUAAUGGGUGUCCGUCUAGCCUCUGAGAAAGGUUGGUCUGCAGUGAUAAUUCAAAGCGACUGCAAGAUGGCUGUUGACGCGCUUGUGAGCAAGGAGAAUCCUCCUCACUGGUUGGUGCGUGGAUUGUUCAGUGACGUUUUAAGUUUGUCUAGUUCGUUGGUUUGUUUAAAGUUCUUUUUAUAUUCCUAG